AUGUUACCUUUCUCGCAUCUUAUUCAUUUCCAAUGUGAUGAAGAUGGUCAAUGCUUCUUUGCCGACCUUGGCGAUAACGCCACCGGGCCGCCGCCUCCAGGGACAACACUCGGUGCAUAUCCUUCAAUGGACCAACUCAUUAGCAACACUGGGAAGAAGAAUGUAACGAUACGACGGCUACUAGCUCCGCUGCCGCAAUCUGCAGCUCCGAUAUACUGCGUCGGCCUCAAUUACCGAAGCCACGCCAAAGAGGCUGGUCUCGAUAUACCUUCUUACCCUCCGGUCUGGACUAAACCAGCAGCAACGCUUGCACACCCUGAUGAAGAUAUCCCCAUCAAUGACUUCUGCGCCAAGAGUCUUUUGGAUUAUGAGGGUGAGCUGGUCUUUGUAACGUCGAAGGAAUGUAAAGAUUUGUCGCCUAAGGAGGCCAAAGAUUACAUUCUAGGCUACACUGUUGGCCUCGACCUGUCCUGUCGUAUGUUCCAGCUUCCCAAAAAUCAAGGAGGCCAAUUUUAUUUCGCCAAAGCGUUUGACAAGUUUGCACCUAUCGGCCCGUCAUUAAUCAGCCCAGCACUCUUUGGCAAUGGCGCAUCAUUCACUAUCACUACCAAGGUCAAUGGCCAAGUAAGACAGGAGGCAGAAUUUCAGACGGAUAUGGUAUUCUCUCCAGAACAAAUAUUAAGUCAUAUGAGCCAAGGUACCACUAUUCCUGCCGGCACUGCGGUUAUGACAGGCACUCCAGCAGGCGUCGGGGCCUUCAUGAAACCCAAAUCUUUCUUACAAAAUGGUGACGUGGUGGAAGUCGAGAUGGCGAAAGUUGGGAUGCUUCGUAACAAGAUGAAGUUUGAGUAA